AGUAACAUUAUAGUAAGAGCAUUAAAUACUUAGUAGAUUUAUAGAUUUAUUAAAGCAACUUGGUUUAUUAGAGAAUUAUUAAAAAAAAAAAAAUUUAAUGAACUAAAAAUAUAAACUUAAAAAUCAUUAUUAAAAAAAAAAAAUUGGUAUCAAUAUAAUAUAGUAAUUAAUAGGUACCUAGAGUUUACGAGAUCAAAAUUUGUGUGGUUUUUUUGGAUCGAUUCGUUGUUAUUUGGCAUUUCGGCACUAAUACUAUAUUGCGAUGAACACUCAAAUUUCAAACGGUGAAUUGCACGGAACUGUAGCACUGGUAACGGGCGGUGGUCAAGGAAUGGGUCUCGCAAUCGUCGACGUCUUGCUAAAAAACGGUGCAUAUGUGUCUUUAUUAGAUAUUAACGAAGAAAUAGGAAAUAAUGCGAUCAGUGAAUUAGAAAUCAAAUACGAAUCGUCUUCAAGUAGAUUAUUAUUCAUAAAGUGUGAUGUUACCAAUGAAAUCGAAUUCGAAGAUUCAUUUAAGAAAACUAUUGAGAAAUUUGGAAAAAUAAACAUUGUUGUUAAUAAUGCUGGUAUCAUGUCCAAGUAUUUGACUUCGUGGGAGCUGGCCAUCGAUUUGAAUUACAAAGCAGUAGUUCGUGGUACUAUACUAGGUCUCAAGUACAUUGAAAACCAAGUAGACAAAAACUCUGCAGUGAUUAAUGUAGCGUCGAUCGUUGGACUAUCCAACACUAUCUUACCCAUGUAUCAAUCGACGAAAAGAGCCGUUAUCGAAUUCACAAAAUGUAUUGGAUGUCCGUUCAAUUCGAAAGCAACCGGAAAUAACGUUAGAGUCAUGGCCAUUUGUCCCGGCGCAACGUUCGACGGAUUUGAAAACAACAUUGAAGGGAAAAAAGCUUUAGAACAAGAAAUUGAGGAGUUAAUUACGAGUGGUGAAGAGAUCCCGAAUCCAAAUAGAAAACUAAUAAUACAGAGCACUGAUUACUAUAAAGCUGCAUUUCUUCACGUUAUGAAAAACGGCAAGAAUGGAGAAAUUUGGAUAGCCGAAAAUGAAGAGCCUCCGAGACUUACACAUUUCUCUACUCAAUAUUAAAAUCUACUAAUCGAAUUUUAAUUUUCUAUAUUUUUCUGAUUAUGAUAAAAUUAUUAAUUAAAACAUUAAUUUGAUUUUGCAUUGAUUUAUAUUUAUAUUUAUUUAUAUUGAAUUUACCACACUUAAAAAAUGUAGUUAUGUUAAGAUAUAAUUCCGUACGCUGCAAAGUUUAAUUCAAUUUAAGUAUUUAACCACAACUUAUAAUAUAAUAUAAGAGUAAAAACUAUAUUUACUUAUAUUGUUGCAAAUUAUUAUAAUAUUACAGUUAUGCACUUGCAAAUAAUAUA